AUGGAUAUCUCAAAGCAUAUUGAAUGUCUCUCUAAAUGGCCAUCCCACCUGGCCCCGGGAUUGCCCACCAUUGGUGCGUUGUUACUGCUUGCAACUGGUGGUCUCUUUGUCACCUGUAAGGUCUGGACAUUUGUGCGGGUUCUUCUCAGCCUAUUCGUGCUUCCGGGUAAACCGCUCCAAUCCUUUGGCCCCCCUGGUAGCUGGGCUGUGGUGACCGGUGCCUCCGAUGGUCUCGGCAAGGAGUUCGCGCUCCAGUUAGCGCGGGCCAAGUUUAACAUCGUGCUCGUCUCACGGACCGAAUCGAAACUGGUCACCCUCGCGGAGGAAAUCACCAAGAAAUCCCCUAAUGUGCAGACCAAGAUCCUGGCUAUGGACUUUUCGCGCAACGCGGACGAGGACUACGCUGCGCUGAACAAGCUCGUCUCCGAGUUGGACGUCUCUAUCCUAGUCAACAACGUUGGACAGAGCCACUCCAUCCCCGUUCCAUUCGCUCAGACCCCCGCCUCCGAGGUCGCGGACAUCAUCACCAUCAACUGCACUGGAACUCUGCGCGUUACCCAACUCGUAGUCCCCGGUAUGAUCCAGCGCCACCGCGGCCUAGUACUCACAAUGGGCUCUUUCGGUGGUCUGCUUCCUACUCCGCUUCUAGCUACCUACUCCGGUAGCAAGGCCUUCCUCCAGCAGUGGUCUACUGCCCUGGGCGCUGAGCUGGCACCCCACGGCAUUGAGGUUGAGCUCGUUCAGGCUUAUCUGAUUACCUCUGCCAUGUCUAAGGUCCGUCGUGCCUCCGCCUCUAUCCCGACUCCUCGUGCCUUUGUUCGAUCCGUGCUGUCCAAGAUCGGUCGCCACGGUGGCUCAUCUACGUACGCCUACAGCUCCUCGCCAUACUGGUCUCACGGCCUUAUGGCUUGGUUCCUUACUUCCAUUGGCACCAUGAACAAGACCGUUCUCUCGCAAAACAAGUCUAUGCACGAAUCUAUCCGUAAGCGUGCUUUGCGAAAGGCUGAGCGUGAGGCUCAGAAGAAAAGCACUUGA